GCGUGAGGACGCUCGCGCAGCCUGAAGGGAGGAAGAGUUUGUGGAAAGUCGAGGACAAACAUGCGGCGUCUCCUUCAAGCUUCACCUAAACCACACUUUUCUCUGAGCUGAAGAAGGAGAAGGAGGAGGAGGAGGAGGAGGAGAAGAAAGACAAGGAAAACCACGAAGUGUGAAGAAUGAACUGAAGCGUUGCCGUGAGGAAGAGGAGAGGAGAGGAGGGGGAGGCGGGAAGAGGAAGAUCAAGAUCCGUUCACUACCAUCGAUCCUGUAUUGAGUAAAGAUGCGGGACCCUGCUGCUGCUGCUGCUGAUGCUGCUGCUGCUGCGCUGACUCUGACCGUGCUGAGUAUUUUCUUCACCCUGGACGGUCUGAGUGCUCACCAAUCGGACAACAACCACACACGGCACCAGAACCAUGGGACCGAACCGAGGCAGCCGCACAUUAUAUUCAUCCUCACAGACGACCAGGGCUUCAACGACAUCGGCUACCACAACCCGACCAUCAAGACACCGACGCUGGACAAACUGGCGGCGGAGGGCGUUCGGCUGGAGAACUACUACGUCCAGCCCAUCUGUACGCCGUCACGCAGCCAGCUGCUCACCGGCAGAUAUCAGAUCCACACCGGACUGCAGCACUCGAUCAUCAGACCCAGUCAGCCCAGCUGUCUGCCUGCACUCAUGGACACGCUGCCUGAGCGGCUCAGAGAGGCCGGCUACACCACACACAUGGUCGGCAAGUGGCACUUGGGCUUCUACAGGAGAGCUUGUCUGCCUACGAGAAAGGGUUUCGACAGUUUCUUUGGUUCGUUAACAGGAAGUGUGGAUUAUUACAGUUACGGCUCCUGUGACGGACCAGGUGAGUGCGGGUACGACCUUCACGACAAUGAGGGCGUGGCCUGGGGCCAGGAGGGGAAAUACUCCACCACGCUCUUCACGCAGCGAGCUCGCAAGGUCCUCGCGAGUCACAACCCGGCAGGCAAACCGCUUUUCCUGCUGCUCUCCCUUCAGGCAGUGCACACUCCUCUACAGCCUCCUAAGAACUACAUCUACCCCUACCAUAACAUGGCUAAUGUUGCCAGGAGGAAAUUUGCCGCCAUGGUUUCCACUGUGGACGAGGCGGUCCGAAACGUCACCUACGCCCUCAGAAAGUACGGCUACUACAAGAACAGCGUCAUCGUCUACUCCACCGACAACGGAGCUCAGCCGUUCACUGGGGGCAGCAACUGGCCGCUGCGAGGCCGUAAGGGCACGUACUGGGAGGGCGGAGUCCGCGGUGUGGCGUUUGUACACAGUCCUCUGCUGAAACGCAGGAGACGGGUCUCCAAAGACCUUCUCCACAUCACCGACUGGUUCCCUACGCUGGUGAACCUGGCCGGAGGAAACAUCAGUCAGAGUCGGGGCCUGGACGGUUUCGACGUCUGGCCGACGAUCAGCGAAGGGAAAGAGUCGCCUCGUCAGGAGAUCCUUCACAACAUCGACCCGCUGCACAAAGCUUAUGUUCAAACUGUGACCCGGGACGACAACUUAAUGAGAGCCUCGGUCCAAAAGGCAACAUCAAAAGAUGCUGCGUUCAUGAAGCCAAAGAAGAAGUCAGUGCUCAAGUUAAAGACCACCAAGAAACCUCGGACGUUUGCCCAUCAUCCUGCUGCUAAACCCAGACUCACCAAAUCCAAACCCAUCCAUAAAUCCAUCACCAAAGCCUACUCUCAGAAUCAUUUCCUGUCCCAUUACGAGCCACAACUGACCUCCCAACCCAGCGGUCUUCCAUCGGUGUCGGGGACGUCGGACCCCAAAUCUCAGCCCCUGCUCCGGUCACAUCUGCGGCUAAAAUCCAGACGGACUGUAACGCAGAAGAAGAACUCGCCGUGGUCAGGACUGCCUGAAGCAAAAUCCAAGAAGUUACAUUUAAAGAAAAAGUCCAAGAGGACGGUAUAUGAGUGCAAGAACGAGUCUCGGGCAGGGACGUCUCUACCUACACCCCAGCCUACACCUCAGUCUGUGUGGGACACGUCAGUCCAGGCUGCCAUCAGAGUUGGAGACUGGAAGCUGCUAACUGGAGACCCAGGACACGGAGACUGGGUCCCACCACAGGUGCUCCCCACUCUCCCCGGCCGCUGGUGGAACUUUGAGCGCACCUCCUCGUCUUCGUACAGAUCCUCCGCCCGCAAAAACGUCUGGCUCUUCAACAUCACGGGCGACCCGUACGAGCGGCGGGACCUGGCGGAGCAGAGGCCGGACGUGGUCCAACGGCUGCUGGCCCGACUCGCGUACUACAACCAAACUGCCGUGCCGGUUUACUUCCCCCCCGACGACCCUCGAGCCAACCCGAGCAAUCACGGCGGCGCCUGGGUGCCAUGGGUGAAGGACGGGGAGGAGGACCAGGAGGCGAAAUAUCAAGGCGUUUACAAGAAAGGCAAGAGGAGGAAGAGGAAGAAGAAGAAAUGUGCAAGUGGACUGUGCAAGUUGGAGUCCUUCUUUCUGAAACUGAACACCGGGAUGAUGUCCAAUCGGAUCUGAGGUGAUGGACUUUUCUGAGAGACUUCCUUCAAACGUGUCCAUUCACUGGCUUCACUACUUUAAUUAUCCCUCCAAAAAAAUCAAAUCAUGGUUUUAAAAUGUUCAGUUUCUGUGUCAAAACGACUCUAACAUGUGACAGUGUGAAGGAUCUGUUCGUUCAAAUUCUUUUCCACGUAGCCAGACAGGAAAUUCAAGAAAUGUAGAGGAGCUCGUCCCUCCAUCAACCCUGGAAAAUAGACGUCCCAAACUAUGGACAUUUGACAGAUUUCUACACUUACCCGAACGCAGCAGGAGGUUUUUCUGGGGUCAAACGUGUUCACAACAGCUGGAGAACGUUCUGGAACAUUCAGGUGGGGGUGGCGGCGUCUGGCAGGACACGUGUCACACAGUCUCCUGUAGAGAUAGAAAGAGGAGCUCAGUGUAGAAGCGCUGCUGAUUAUAUCUCCUCCAGUCAGAGCUGGAUGAUGUGUCCAGGGAAAGGGACGUCUGGGGCCCCUGCUCUGAUAAGCGGUUGACGAUGGAUGGAUGCACAGAUCUGAAAACAUCCCUUUUAUAAAGCUCCACCUUCGAAAAUGAUGAUAAAACUAUCGAUCGUGACAAACGGUGGACUCCGCCCCUCACUCCAUCUGUCUCCCAAAUACUUUAGGGAACUACGGUGGCCUGCACAUACAAGAAUAGUGGGUGAAGCCGCUGAGAAGGUCACCAGAAUUAAACACAAGGCUCUUACCUUGUGUUCCUAAAGAGCGUGGAUUAAUGGAUUAACCAGAAAUUUUACUUACUCUGUCUUUAAUAGAUUCUUUCAGUGGAGAUCAGCGCAGACACCGAAUGAAACUAUAGUGAAAAUGAGAUUAGGAUUAGUCGGGAACAUUGUUUUUACAGUUGGGAUGAAGUGAUGCGUUCAAUUAAAUGUGGAAAUACUCGAGAUGGUUUUUUUUUUUUGUCUGCCCUUUUUCCGCCGCAGAAACUUUCCCAGUACCUGGGGGGGGGUCCAACGAGGGACUUUUCAGAUUACCAGGAACUUUGGAACUCAUUUUACAGCCGUGUAAGAUCGUGCCACCUUUAAACAAGACCUUUAAAAGGAUGAAGAAAGAAUUAUAGUUUAGUUUUCAUAGGAAGUAAACUUCAGUAAGUUCAGUAAACUUACCCACGACACGUGCCAGACGUUCUCCUGCUUUUGUGCUUGACCUUUGACCCAGGCGAGCUCCUCCUGCUCGUGAACGUCAAAAUCCCGGGACAUUUUUCAUGUGUGAAUUUCGUCUUUACUUAAAUUGUUUAUGUUUUUCUCUGUGUUUUUUAUUCCUCACAAACUGACUGAGUUCUUGACACAAGGACUGACUGUGUGUUGUGUGUGUGUGUGUGUGUGUGUGUGUGUUUUCACUGAUACUG